AUGGUCGCCACUGACGCCGCUGGUUCUCCUUCUCCCCCACCCCUCGGCACUCUCAUCGACAACGAAAGCCUGGAGCUUGUUGAGAUUCUCGGCUAUGGUGGCUACGGCGUCGUCUACCGUGCAGUUGAUACCCUUUUUCCGGAACCCACAUCUUACGCCGUCAAGUGCCUACCGCACUCGUCGAAACGCAACUCGACCCGUCAGCGUUCAUUGCAUCUGCGCGAGAUCACCCUGCACCGUUUCGUCUCUGUCCACCCCAACGUCGUCACACUCCACCGGGUGAUCGAGGAGGGCCCAUAUACCUUCCUCGUCAUGGAUUACUGUGAGGAUGGCGACCUGUUCUCGCAGAUUCUCCAUCACCGACGAUAUCUGGGCAACAACGCGCUGAUAAAAGACGUCUUCCUUCAGCUGCUUGACGCAGUAGAUUAUUGCCAUGAAGCACAUAUUUAUCACCGCGACUUGAAGCCGGAGAACGUCCUCUGCUUUGACGGUGGCAUGCGUCUGGCCAUCACAGACUUCGGUCUGGCCACCACUGAAGAAAAAAGCACGGAGUUCCGAACUGGUAGCGUCUACCACAUGAGUCCAGAAUGCCAGGGCGGAGCUUUUGCACCGUCAGGCCACUACUCACCGCGUUCUAACGACGUCUGGUCGCUCGGUAUCAUCCUUCUCAAUCUCAUCACUGGUCGGAAUCCCUGGAAAUCCGCUGCGGCGGACGACUGUACCUUCCAGGCGUACCUCAGAGACCCACUGCACUUCCUACCGACGGUCCUGCCGAUCUCGCAGGAGGUGAAUGAGCUGCUUACUCGGGUCCUUUGCGUUGACUGGAGAGACCGCAUCACCCUGUGCGAGAUGCACUCUGCUAUUCAGUCGAUCGACAACUUUUAUUCGCCUGACGUCUUCUUUGAGGACAGCAUGGCGCGUUGUCCAUGGGAAGCAGGUGUGAAUCUCGACUCUGACAGCGAGUCUGUGGAGGAGGCGGAGCUCGAAGCACAGGAAGUGCCGGCAGAAGACGAGGGCUUUGUGUCGACCUGGAGCGGUUCAGAGUCAGAGAUGGUCUUCGCUUCUAACGCGGAGACAGAAGAUUCUUCCUGGAACGAUUCGGAGUCAUACGAGGAACGUGAAUCGUAUAGCCGGUCCAUGUCUCCAUCACCAGCUUCGCCACUCUUCGCGACGACCAAAUUGUUCGACUCCGUGGCUACUCCUAGCAAUCCCUCUACUUACUCCCUCGUUUCUUCUUCGCCGUCCAUUCCUUCUUUGCCUGCCACGCCGGGUCUCGACAGUGCUUGGAGGCAGCCGGAAGCCCCAGCCAAGCGCCCUACGUUGAAGCUCAACCUCAAUACGAAUUCAUGCAAGGCGCGCUGCUACGACGAUAGCCUGAUGAUGAUCUCCGCUAGGUCGACGUCGAUGCACACUGCACUCGAGUCCCAGAUUGAGGCGUACGGCAUGUAUUCUCCCUAUCUCGCUGAUAGGGUUCCCGAGAAGACGCCCCUACUCUUCACUGACGCCGAGGAUGUGGGAAUGGUCGCCACCCCGGUCACCGGUCGAGACAGCGUGAACGUGGAAGUCAAUUCUGUGCACACGUAUCCCACCAUCGAAGUCGAUACACCCAUGAGCAUGACUCGGCCGGACUGCAUCGUCGUUGCCUCGACCUCCGGGAGCUCAACUGCUGUCGAGCGCCCACAGCACGGCUGGGAGCUGUUUCCCCGUGCUCCAAAUCUCACGCAGGAACAGCAAUCCGAUUCAUCGUAUUCCUUUCUCGACUUGUCCUCCACUCCCGUUCGUUCCCCAUGUAGAGAAUCUGCCUGGACAGUGUUCUCCGUUUUAUAUCCCGAUCGUGCGUCUGCGACGCGCACGGAGGACAGCUCGGGCACAUCGACCGCUGACGCACCGCGUGCUUCACCUUCUCCGGUACCCAUUCAUUCGCCUCUGUCGUCGUGCCCGCGAGAUAGGAAGGUGCGGACCUCCAGCUUUCUGAACCCGAUACGACUUGCGUUCCCAAAGCGCUCUUCGUCGCCGUUCCGCUCGCCGCUGCAUCGCGACCGCGCGACAGAGUCGGCGCCGGCCAUGCUGGGGACGAGUUGGGCAUUCUCGCACUCGACGUCGAGCUCGCCAUCCCCUCAGCCUUACUUGUGUUUGCCCCCUCUGGCUGCGGAGAAAACGGAGAUGAAACUCGUGGACAAUCAAUGUGCGCAGCGACGGAAACGGCUUCGCUCUGCGCGGGCGUGGUUUUCGCCAAGCAAGCUCAUAUCCGCUGUCCUCCCAUAA